AUGCUCGAUCCAGAGUAUACACUCCCAGAAGGCUUCGAUCCGCCUUUGGCGGUUGUCACACCUAACGACCAUUCAGCAUAUAUCUAUGUGGCAUCAAUACUGGGACUAUGCUGCUUUCUGGUCUUCUGUGCAAUCAGAGUCCUUGUUCGCUCUAUGAUCGCGGGAGGAUUUGGAGUCGACGACUGGAUCUACUAUUCAGCAGCAGGCGUUGCGACCAUACAGACUGCGAUCGUGAUAGGCGCAUGUUCGAAAGGGCUUGGGACGACAUUCGAGCUGUUGUCACAAGAUGCACAAGCUCAGGUCCAACGAAUGUAUUACACGAGCAACUUGUUCUGGAUGCUAGCAAUCGGCAUGGCUAAGAUAUCAGUAAUUGCGUUUUUGUUCCGCAUAUCUAGGCUCAAGUCGCAUCGGAUCACAUUCAAUAUCGCGGCUGGCGUAGUCGUGGCCUGGACCGUUGGCGGACUCCUUGCUCUGGCUUUCCAGUGCGAUGUAUCGCAACCAUGGAUAGUUGCUGGUGCAACUUGUUCAGGCACCGCUCUUCGGUGGCAGGUCAUCAACGCUCUUGACAUCGCCACAGAAGUCGCCAUCAUUGGCCUUGUUGUUUACUUGGUGUUUUCUCUCCAGACGCCAUACUCCAGUAAACUCAUGGUCGUCUUCAUCUUCAGCUACCGCCUGCUGCUGCUGAUAUUCAUUGGCUAUCGGAUGCAUACGUUCGACAGCAGCGCUUACACCCGAGACCCUUUCCUCGCCAACGCUUCCUUCAUCUCCUGGUCGCAGGCCGAGAUAUCAGCCAGCCUGAUUACAGCCACUAUACCGACGUUUAGGAAUUUCCUGAAGAGCUUGAGUACCGGCUUCGGUGGCAUUGGCGUCAGCAGUACCGAUGGAUACAUCUACGGUUAUGGCAGUCAAGGACGCACACGCAUGAAGGCACCCGCGGGCGGCGCCGGAUCCGGUUACCAGCUGUCCAAACUACAAUCGACAAACCAGUCGCACAACAGAAGUAUGCACGCUGCGGAGCCCGAAGAAGGCAACGACCUGUCUUUUCGGCCUCAAACCUCUCACGUCCAGCUCGAUCCUCUGACAGGCCGGUCGGGUGGUAGUGCAGCGACCGCUCACUGGAGUGAGGGUACUACAGGGAGUGACACUGGCCCCAACGCCGACGCCGCCAGCAUCGGUAGUGAUGAAAGCCGCCGAAUGAUCAUUCGGAAAGAGAUGAACUAUACAGUCCGCACAGAGCCGCGGGAGCGGUACGGUGCUUAA